ACUCGGCUGAUGACGUGUACCCUCGACUACCGUUAGCUACCUGGGCUAGCUAGCUAGCGCAGCCACCUGUCAGAGUCAAGGUGUUGUAGGCGAACAGGUGACGGUAGAAAGCGGAGGAGCGUCCAAGCAGGUCACGGAAGAUGGAGACGCUCUACCAUCAGACCAACAAGCAAAUCCAGGAGGUGCAGUCUCUUAUGGGCAAUCUGGAGAAGACGGAUCGUCAGUCAGUACACUUGUUAGAGAAUGAACUACAGGCUCGGACCGACCAGAUCUUCAAUCAUUUAGAACGCCUUGAGAUCCUGGCCAGCAAGGAACCACCAAACCGCCGCCAGAACGCCAAAUUGCGGGUAGACCAGCUUAAGUAUGAUGUCCAGCACCUUCAGACCGCCCUGCAAAAUUUCCAGCACCGACGCUACGCCAGAGAGGCCCAGGAUAGAGAGAGGGAGGAACUCAUGAGCCGUACCUUCACGACCAACGACGCAGAUACCUCCAUCCCCAUAGAUGAGACCCUACAGUUAAACUCCAACUUGCACAACGCACACAGAGGCAUGGAUGACCUCCUGGGCAGCGGCAGUAGCAUCCUCAACGGUCUCAGAGAUCAAAGAUCUACACUGAAGGGGACCCAUAAGAAGAUGCUGGAUGUGGCCAACAUGUUGGGGCUGUCGAACACAGUGAUGAGACUGAUAGAGAGGCGAGCCACCCAAGACAAGCUGAUCAUGAUUGGAGGCAUGCUUCUGACCUGCGUCUUCAUGUUCCUGGUUAUCAGAUACCUGGGCUGACCACCAUCCAUCCACAACGGCGGUUUUUGAUCAGUCGUGGACAUUUCUGCAGUGCAUCAUCCCUCAUGAUAUGAAAAGUGGCAGAACGGAGAUUUUUAACAUCAGAUAUAAGCAAUUUAUAAAUUGUGCCAUUAUCGUUUGUUUUCAAUCAAUGUAAUUAUUUUGGGCACCUGCGAAAUGAUAAAGUUGAAGAAGGCCUCAAUUACAUACAGUAUUUUAUUCCGCUUGAAGCUCCAAGAGAGCAUUGAACUUUAUGAUAUGUCUGAUUUCCUCCGAUUACUGCCACACAUCCAUCAUCUUUUUUAUCAAAACCACUCUGAAACUGUAAAUCACUCGUUUACCCAAACAGCUUUUUAAAAAUACUUAAUAACUGAUCUUUAUACUCAUCCUUUACCAUCAGUAAAAAGCUAUUUGUUUUAUUUUGCUCCUUAAUCUGUCAGUAAUGUUGUCAGUGUCAUUCUGCCUUGUUGAACAUGGUUCAUAGAAAAAUAGAAAUACUCAUAACGCUCCAAGUUUCAUUACAUUGCAAUUUAAGGAUACUCCCCAGAGAAUCAUCUUUUGUUUUGUGUGUAGCUAAGGUUAUAUACCAGAGAUAAACAGGGUGACACCAAGGAUCUGCUCAGAAGAACAAUGGAAGCAGCAAUUAUUUUGUUAUUGUACUUUAUCCUGGAUUCAUGUUGGAGUAUUAGUCUCACUGUGUGAGUGACUUCCUUCUCCUAAUAGAAUAAAACAUGUUAAAUUUC